CACCCAAUCGGGUGAGCUGUCACAUAGGGAAUUACAACGGCACGUGCUCACGCAAUAGAGAUCCCGAUGGGAACACGCGAAUUUUAUGUUCUACUGAAGACGCACCGGGAGUCAUUGUAAGGGGCAAGCGGUCACGGGAUCCUGGACACAAUGCGGUCCGUUUCACGCCGAGUUCCACGCUAAUCGAGGAAUCUCGUCACCGACUCCUGACCCGGAUAGUCGAUCGGUAGAAGACUCGCGCGAAACCGCCUGUGCGUGUCCACUCCGUGUAGUCUUGCAAAUUUUGACGGAGGUGCGCGUCAAGAGUCUGUGAUGGCGGCGUUGUUGAAGGAUAGGACACAAUUCACAUUUGAGGAUAAAUGGCCGUAUAUGCGACCGAUUAUAUUGAAAUUGCUCAAGCAAGAGCCAGUGACACAGGCCGAAUGGCAGGAUCUGUUUUAUUCCGUUCAGGUAUGCCUGUGGGAUGACAAAGGUCCUCCCAAAUUACGUGAUGCGUUGCAAGAUGAUAUAAUGGAGUUUAUAAAACAAGCUCAACAGAGAGUUUUAUCACAUCAAGAAGAACAAGCACUGUUGAAAGCAUAUAUUGCUGAAUGGAGAAAAUUUUUUACACAAUGUAACUAUUUACCAACACCAUUUAGGCAAUUAGAAACGUAUCUGGCGGGAAAAACUAGUUCUGGUACACAGAAAAAAAAUCAACCUGAUGAUAUUGUUAGAAAGCUAAUGUUGGAUAGUUGGAACCAAAGUAUAUUCAAUGAAAUAAAACAAAGACUUCAGGACGCAGCCAUGAGAUUAGUACGAGCUGAAAGAAAUGGCGAGGCGUUCGAUUCUCAACUCGUUAUCGGCGUCAGAGAAUCUUAUGUGAAUUUGUGUUCAAAUCCGACGGAUAAACUCCAGAUAUAUAGAGACAAUUUCGAGGCGGCGUACGUACAAGCCACUGAAGCAUUUUAUUGGAUAAAAGCUCCUGAAUAUUUGUCUACGCAAGGUGUAGAAAGUUAUAUGCGUUAUGCUGAUUCAAAGCUAAGAGAAGAGGAGUCUCGCGCUCAGAAAUAUUUAGAGCCAAAUACCGCGAGUAUGCAACGAUUAAUGGACUGUUGCGUAAAAGUGUUAGUCGCAAACUUUAAAACAGCGAUACUCGCAGAAUGUCCAACAAUGAUUCAACAUAAUCAAACUGAUAAACUUCGCCUCAUGCUGAAAUUGAUGGAUAGAGUGCCCGAUGGCGUCAAUCCUAUGUUGAGAAACUUGGAAGAACAUAUCGUGGAGGCGGGUCUAGCGGACAUGAUGGCAGCUGUAGAUGUUAUCACUCAAGAUUCCGAGAAAUACGUGGAAAGACUGUUAGAUCUUUUCCAUAGAUUUUCCACGCUCGUUAAAGAGGCAUUCGAUGAUGAUCCGCGGUUUCUUACAGCACGAGAUAAAGCUUAUAAGCUCGUUGUGAAUGAUGCCUCGGUAUUUAAAUUAGAAUUGCCUACUCGGCAAGGCUCUGGAAUCGGUGGCGCGAUUGUUUUAAACAAUAGACCUAUUACUAAUAAUAACGGAUUAGCUGAAUCGAAGUGUCCGGAACUCCUAGCAAAUUUCUGUGAUAUGCUUCUUAGAAAAACACCACUCAGUAAAAAAUUAACCACCGAUGAGAUCGAAAGUAAACUGAAGGAUGUGCUAUUGGUGUUAAAAUAUGUUCAAAAUAAGGAUGUAUUUAUGCGUUAUCAUAAGGCACAUUUAACUAGACGAUUAAUAUUAGAUACGACAACAGAUUCGGAAAAAGAAGAGAAUAUGGUAGAUAUGCUUCGUGAAGUUGGUAUGCCUGCGGAUUUUGUUAAUAAAUUAGCUCGUAUGUUCCAAGAUAUUAAAGUAUCUCAGGAUUUGAAUCAACAGUUUAAAGAACAAUGUCGAGCUGCUAUUGCAGAUAGCAUAAAUAUUAAGAUUCUCAAUGCAGGUGCAUGGGCCAGAGGUAGCGAACGAGUUACUGUAAGUUUGCCGCUUCAAUUAGAAGAUUAUAUCCCAGAAGUUGAAGAAUUUUAAAAAAAGCAUAGCGGAAGGAAAUUGCAAUGGCAUCAUCACAUGUCGAAUGGCACGAUAACGUUCGCGAAUAAAGUGGGACGUUUUGAUAUAGAUGUAACAACCUUUCAAAUGGCGGUAUUAUUUGCCUGGAAUCAACGACCCAACGAAAGGAUUUCAUACGAAAAUCUCCGGCUUGCCACCGAGCUUCCGGAUCCCGAGUUGAGACGGACUCUAUGGUCUUUGUGUGCCUUCCCAAAGUUAAAACGACAACUUCUUUUGGUGGAACCGCAUGCUGCUACUCCAAAAGAUUUUGCGAACGACACAAAAUUUUGGGUUAAUCAAGAAUUCGCUAUUGUAAAAAAUGGCAAGAUGCAAAAACGGGGGAAAAUAAAUUUGAUAGGACGUCUUCAAUUAUCAACAGAACGUAGCAGAGAAGAGGAUAAUCAAUCUAUUGUACAACUCAGAAUAUUACGAGUUCAGGAAGCUAUCAUUAAGAUUUUAAAGAUGCGUAAGAUAAUCAGUAAUGCGCAACUACAGACCGAAUUAGUGGAUAUAUUGAAAAAUAUGUUCUUGCCGAGUAAAAAGAUGAUAAAGGAACAAAUAGAAUGGCUCAUUGAACAUAAAUAUAUUCGGAGGCAUGAUGAGGACAUUAAUACAUUUGUGUAUAUGGCAUAACACGGGAUUAUAUAUACAUGCGAGAUUGUUCGAGUUCUGUGGUUAAUAUUAUAUUUUUAUAAAAAAAAGGAUUUAGUUUUCUUACGUGUGAGGAUACAUUCGAAUCCAUCGCAUCAUGCGAUUAUGUUUCAUUUUUUUUAUAGCAUAGUGGAAAAAAGAAGGGAUGAUUGCAUUAAAUAUUGAAAUAAGAAGUUGAGAGGACAAGUUACAAUCGUUUCCACCCAUUGCCGACAAUUGCCGAUUGUUAUACUGAAUAAAAUGAAAUGUAUAGCAAAACUGGAGAAAGCGUCGCAAUAAUAAUAAGAAAUAUGUACAAUAUCGUACCAUGAUAAAACUAGCAUUUAUCGUUUAUUUUGGCAUUGCUCUAUAUUCAUCUAAUCAGAGAAGAGAAAGAGAGUAAAUUGAAUUAAAAGAAUUAUAUAUGUAUAUACACAUCGAUGACAUUACCACUGCUCGUUUAUAUUUCACUAAAAAAUGUUCC